UGCAGUACGUCUACAGACACUCGAACCACAUUUGCAGAUCGACACAGUGUUGAGAAGGCAGCACUGUCAUUUUACAGUUGUCGUUACAGGUUCAGUGCAGCAGUAGAUGCCAUGAGAUACACAAUGGUGUUGCGAUGGAACCUCUUUUCGAUGGUGCUUGCCUUUGAGGUUCACGGUUGGCCUCUGGAGCUGACGCUUGCAGCAAAUUCGUCACUGCUCACUAAUUUGACCAGUUAUGGAGUUGACAUCAGUCGCUGCCGCAGCAUCAAGUUCCAAGUGAAGGCAUGCGAAGACCACGGAUUUACUAUAACUAAUUCAUCGGGAAGUGGGCUUAUGGAUGUAACAAUCGGCGGAUGGUCUAACACGCGCUCCUACCUGGAAGGAAUUGGAGCUAGCGCCUUUCCCUCAACAGACGGCAUUCUGUCCUGUGACGAAUACAGAUCGUUUUGGAUUGACUGGAAUGAUCAAAACUUUGCCUUAGGGAAGGGCGAAGUUGUGGGAGAAGAAAAAGUGGCGGAAGUGCAAUUCCCCCAAUCCGAGGAAGCAGCACACAUGUUUCUCAAACGAGUUAAUGGCACUCUACCAUCAAAUCGCAUAGGGGAGAUGUUCAGAAGUCAAUUUGAGCUGGUCACAGGAAGAGGCAGGUUCAGCGACGGGCUUAUCGAGGAGAAAGCGACCACUUUUGUCGACUGUAUUGAUCUGUGCACAGACCACCGCCACUGUGGCAUGUUCAGUUACAACUCAGAACUAACCCUCUGUGUCGUGUUUGACAGGAUGGCGUCAUCAUUCAGCAUGACGUCCGAAAAUGGUUGGAAGUCGUGGAAAAUGCGGUAUUGCAAUAUGUAACCAUUAGGGCUGACUAUCGAAAUAGAGAUCGAUAAUCGUCAACCUAAUAUUGAUUGAUUAUCGAU